UUUGCAUUGCAGCUAUAUACUUGGGCCAUGGAUACAUGAUUUGGAAGUGAGAGACGAUGGAUAGAUGCUACUCUCCUUGCUUGCUUCUAUGUUCAGUUCUCUUCAGCCUCUCUUUCAACCAUUCUUAUGUAGUUUCAUCUAAUCUUUCUGCAAGCAGCAAUGGAGCUGGUGGGAGAAUUCUGCUCCGUAACGAUCUCGGUCUCACUCCUCCAAUGGGGUGGAAUAGUUGGAAUCACUUCCACUGCCAGAUUAACGAGAAGAUCAUUAGAGAAACAGCUGAUGCCCUAGUAUCAAGUGGACUAGCCAAGCUUGGAUAUCAGUAUGUCAACAUAGAUGAUUGUUGGGGUGAAUCAAGUCGCGAUUAUAAGGGCAAUCUAGUAGCUAACAGGACUACAUUCCCAAGCGGGAUUAAAGCACUUGCAGAUUAUGUGCACAGCAAAGGUCUGAAGUCAGGAAUUUAUGUAGAUUCAGGGUACCGAACAUGUACAGGGAAAAUGCCAGGUUCAAUUGGCCAUGAAAAACAAGAUGCUACAACCUUUGCUUCGUGGGGAAUUGACUACUUGAAGUAUGACAAUUGUUACAAUGAUGACACAAGACCAACUAUAAGGUACCAAGCAAUGUCCAAUGCAUUACAGGAGACGGGGCGCCCCAUCUUCUUCUCUAUCUGUGAAUGGGGGGACAUGCACCCGGCUCUUUGGGGUGCUAAUCUUGGAAAUAGUUGGAGAACUACCGAUGACAUUUCAGACUCAUGGGAUCGAAUGCUGAAGGUAGCUGACCUGAAUGAAGUGUAUGCUGAUUAUGCCAAGCCUGGAGGAUGGAAUGAUCCGGACAUGCUUGAAGUUGGUAAUGGUGGGAUGAAAUAUAGUGAAUAUGUGGUGCAUUUCAGCAUAUGGGCUAUCUCCAAGGCUCCACUUCUUUUAGGAUGUGAUGUACGAAAUCUUAGCAAUGAGACACUGCAAAUUAUCGGUAAUGAAGAGGUCAUUGCUGUUAAUCAAGAUCCUAUGGGUGUUCAAGCUAAGAAAGUUAGAAUGGAAGGAGAACGAGAGAUAUGGGCUGGUCCUCUUUCGGGAGAUAGGAUAGUUGUUCUCUUGGAGAACAGAAAGCCAUGGAGUUCCAAGAUGACAGCACAUUGGGAUGACAUUGGCUUUAAUUCAACCAACACAGUUGUUGAAGCAAGAGAUAUUUGGGAGGUAAACGUAAAACCCAAGUUAAGAGGAAACUUUUGUUGCUUUGAGUCUAACUCAAAUUCUAAUUUUCUAAUUUCAGCAUACUACUCUUGCAACAAAAUUUCAAGGGAAAUUGACUACCAAUGUGGAAGCUCGUGCUUGCAAGAUGUUUGUACUGACUCCACUCACAAAUUAAGCUUUUGGCAUAAAGCAUGAACCUCUUCUCUUUCAUGUCAAUAAUAACAAAAGAAAAAGAAGUGUAGUGUUUAAAUAACCUAAAAACUUCACAAUGAGGUCUGUAAUUAAGCAAAUACAAAGCAGUGUAUCAGGAUUCAGGCGUUGUGAGAGUUCAGGGCUUCAUUUAAGAUAUGAAAUCAAGGGAGCAAUUCAUGCAAAACAU